CUCGAUCUGCCUUUCUUCUUUGUCUCUCUCAGAUCCACACAAUUCUCAGACCCAGCUUUCUUUCCUCGGAUCUCCAUGUCCACACCUUGAAUUGAAACCAUGGGAGGCAAGAGCAUCAAAGCCGAGAAUUCUGACAGAAAGCAAACACGUUGGGAUCGAAUAAGACAACAAUUAGGCUUUAGAACCUCCCUGAUCACUUGGUUCUUACUCCUCAUCUCCAUGUUCUAUAUAAUCUAUUCUUUCAACCUUCUCACCAGCAAUCGCUAUAGCUGUUCCACCAAUUUAGAUGCCUCCAUUCAAGAACACCUUGAAGCUCUGACCAACGUGUCUGCAGCUAACCUCCAGCUUGAUGAACAGGUAGAAGAUAAUGAAACCAUGGAAUCUCAUUUAGCACUUCCACGAAAGCCCCAACGAUAUGACACAGAGCUCAAACACAUUGUUUUUGGGAUUGCUGCCUCAUCCAAUCUGUGGGAAAAGAGAAAGGAAUACAUAAAAGUAUGGUGGAAGCCUAAGGAAACCAGAGGGGUGGUUUGGCUAGACAAAAGAGUGAGAACUCAAAGAAACGAAGGGCUGCCGGAGAUUCGGAUUUCUAGAGACACAGAAAAAUUCAAGUACACAAAUCGUCAAGGACAUAGAUCCGCAUUAAGGAUCUCAAGAGUAGUUUCUGAGACGUUGAGGCUCGGCAUGAAGGAUGUGAGGUGGUUUGUUAUGGGUGAUGAUGACACGGUUUUCAUCGUUGACAAUGUAGUGAGAAUACUUUCUAAGUAUGAUCACAGGCAGUUCUAUUAUAUUGGGAGUUCAUCAGAGAGUCAUGUUCAAAACAUAUACUUCUCAUAUGCUAUGGCGUAUGGUGGCGGAGGAUUCGCCAUUAGCUAUCCUUUGGCGGAGCAGUUGGCGAAGAUGCAAGAUCAAUGCAUUCAGCGGUAUCCAGGAUUAUAUGGUAGCGAUGAUAGGAUUCAAGCUUGCAUGGCUGAACUAGGGGUGCCACUGACUAGAGAACCUGGUUUUCAUCAAUAUGAUGUGUAUGGAGACCUCUUAGGGCUUCUUGGAGCCCAUCCUAUAACACCAUUGGUUUCACUUCACCACCUUGAUGUAGUGGAACCAAUAUUCCCACGCACGACUAGAGUGAAAGCUCUCCAACAUCUAAUGCAAUCCAUCAGGCUUGAUUCGGCUAACAUAAUGCAACAAUCAAUCUGCUAUGACAAGAAACGAUAUUGGUCCAUCUCAGUCUCAUGGGGUUACGUGGUUCAAAUCUUAAGAGGAGUGAUCUCUCCCAGAGAACUGGAAAUGCCCACAAGGACCUUUCUUAAUUGGUACAGAAAAGCAGAUUAUACAGCAUAUGCCUUCAACACUAGGCCUGUGACCAAACAUCCUUGUCAGAAGCCCUUCGUUUUCUAUAUGAGAGUCUCUCGAUAUGAUCGAUCAAAGAAGCAGAUUAUUGGGGUUUACUCUCCUAAUCAGAAAUCUCGAAACCCUACCUGUCGAUGGAAGAUGGACUCACCAGAGAAGAUUGAUUCCAUCGUAGUUUUGAAAAGACCAGAUCCUCAACGUUGGCAAAAGUCGCCGAGAAGAGAUUGUUGCAGAGUUCUGCCAUCACAGAAGAGAUCAACGAUGUACUUGUGGGUGGGCAAUUGUCGAAACGGUGAAAUCAGUCAGUUGUAGCAACAUCAUCAAGGAACAGUAACAGAUUUUCCAGCUUGAGUUGUUGCACCAGUAAAUCCACAGAACAGCAACAACUUUGAGUCAAAAUCACGAGCAAUUAUUAGGUAAUUCCGAAAUAGAGACACGUUCUCAUCUAAUGCAAGAUGUCAUGUCGUUAAAAAAAAAAAAAAAUUGUGUUUAUUUAAGUGCUUUCAAUUAUAUGACAUGUUAUCUCUACUCUUGGAGUACCUAAUACCUUUUCUGAAAUCAAGGAUCCCCAAAAUAGGACAGCUACAACUACAGCCGUCUAGCUGUUUCUUCCUCCCUUUAUUUUUUUGCUCUCCUCUUCCUUUUGAUUCAUGUAUCCUGAUACAAGCAAGUCUAUAGCUAGUCUUAUAUCCAUAUAAUCUACUUGCAAAAAACCUAUUUCUAUA